AGUAAACAGUAAUCACGUUACAACCCGGAAGAAUUGCCCUUUUUUUCUCCGAUUAACGUUUGAAUAGACAAGAAUGACCAAUUUAUCUUGUGAAGCAACGACUGAACGCGAUGCUGCUAACAUCGCACGGCCUUCGGUGAUCAUAUCUGUGUGUUAAUCUGGUCUGCUGGAGGUUUUUAGAGGCGGUCGAGUGCGAGCAGCAACGCCCUGAUGACAACCAGCGCGUCGGAGGAAAACACCCUCGCUCUGUUUACAAAUCGGCUGAGAGCGAUUGUUUCCCCGCAGUGUUUCGUGAGCUAAUCGUGUAAGGUUGUUGUUGUUGUUGUUGUUGUUGUUUUUCCGUACGAAGAAAACAUGGCUGAGCUGCAUGUUGUGGAGCCGAGCGGUACUGGCACCAUAGAGCCGCCGGAGCACCGCGACGUCCGGGGCUCCGUGCGCCUGGCUUCGCCCACUCUCAUGGUUCCUCCGCGGGGCAGCCAGCUCAGUCCCGGCGGGGUGUCGAGCACCGGCGGCAACGGGAGGUCGGUGUUCGGGUUCCCGGUGAAGAGCAACCCGAGCUCCCCGUCCGAACCGGUGGAGAAGCCGGGCUCAUGCUGGGUUCGGCUCAACGUCGGUGGGACCUACUUUAUCACGACCAAACAGACGCUGUGCAGGGACCCGAAAUCCUUCCUGUUCAGACUGUGUCAGGAGGACCCGGACCUGGACUCUGACAAAGACGACACAGGGGCCUACCUGAUCGACAGGGACCCCACGUACUUCGGCCCCAUCCUGAAUUACCUCCGGCACGGAAAACUGAUCAUGGAUAAAAACCUGGCAGAGGAAGGUGUUCUUGAGGAAGCAGAGUUCUACAACAUCGCAUCCCUGGUGAGGCUGGUUAAAGAGAGAAUACGGGACAACGAGAACCGGUCUCAGGGCCCUGUGAAGCAUGUGUAUCGAGUACUACAGUGCCAAGAGGAGGAACUCACGCAGAUGGUCUCAACCAUGUCGGACGGUUGGAAGUUUGAGCAGCUUAUCAGUAUCGGCUCCUCCUAUAACUACGGCAACGAGGACCAGGCGGAGUUUCUAUGUGUAGUUUCCCGGGAACUCAACAACUCCACCAACGGCAUCGUCAUCGAGCCCACCGAGAAGGCAAAGAUCCUUCAGGAGCGAGGCUCGCGGAUGUGAAGAGACCCAGAACCUGAGCUAAAUAACACUUAAAUCGACAAAAACAAAACAAUAACAUGAACAUUUUCUCCAGUUUUCAUCAAGAUCCAUCAGUUUAUUCUCCCUCCUCUCCCUCCUACCAUCACCGCCAUCAUGGACCCCCUUCCCUUCCUCCUCUGGUGUGCCUUUCCACAGCGGGGGCUCCCCGACGCCCCCUCUCUCCUCCAGUGCUGCAACACGACCCCGACUUGUCUUCUCAUUUCUUCUCCUCCCAUCGCAGGCUGUGGGACACUUCAUGGGGAGUUUAAAAGGGAAUACAAGGGACCGGUUUUUCCUCACAGCAGCUUUUUUUUUGAUGGUCAGUGUCACUGCGGUGCAGGCUACGGUGCUGAUUGUAGCCCCUUAUUAUUAUCAGUGGAUGGAAGCCUAGCACAGAGCUACUACAAAUCAAUAUCAUCAUCGUUAUCAUCGUCGCUGUUAACAGACAGGAUACUUUCUCUCUCUCUCUCUCGCUCUCUCUCUCGUACACUUGGCUCUGUCGACUCAGCAGAAAUCUCCUCAGGACUCUCACAGGACAUAAAGGAAUGAACACGACUCCACUGACUGAGCCUCUCUCUUUUACCCCGGGAUCUGUUAACGGAGCGCCGCCGCUCGCCGCCUCUCUCUCCCUGCACUCCCAGACUCCUCGGGGGCUGACAUCUGACAAACAAACCGAGGCGGAGAGGAACAACGAGACGAGCUUUCGCAGCUUUUCCUCCACUCUCUUGAGUCUUCAGAAACACCUUAAACCAGGUGGUCUUUACAAACGCCCCGUCUCGGUCCGGCACUGCGGCGUCCUACGCUCCUCCUGUUUCCGGGCUCGAUCUGAUUCUGUCCUCCCCAGGGAGAAAAAUUUGGGAUAUUUCCGUGCAAAAGGAAACAAAUGACUACAAAAAAAAAAAAAAAAAAA